UUUCCAUCUACAUUCGACUCUCUUUAUGUGGGAAGAGUUGUUUGCCUUCUUGUGCGCGCGUACUUGUUUGUGGCCUGUCUAGCGCGUGUAGCGCGCCUCGCCUGUGAAGCUUUGAGCUUGUCUUGGAGUCGAGUUCUGCGGCCAGGCACUCGCGUCCACGCAAGGACAGAAAACGUUUCGAGCGAAACGGCGCGUUUCUACGCAUGCAGUCUCGCAAAAACGACUGGAGGACGAGCGCUGGAGGGUGCGAGAACGAGGUGUACGUACACCCGAGCAGCGACGCCUGCGACGAACGAUGCAGGGUGUGUACACCCGGUUUCGAUCCCUGUCAACGUAGGUUUUGCGAGCCGGUUCUCGCCGUGGUCUGGCCUGCACCAUUUCUCGCGAAGGCGGACCGGGCGUUUUGUGUGGCGAGAAGACGAUGCGUCGUCGCGUUCUACGUCUUUAUUUGAACAGUAAACAUUCCAGGGAGCCAUGAAAAAGGCGAAACUUGCCCUGACUGCUGUCCCCGCGCGACGCUUUUGCCGCAGGGACACACGGAGUCCGCAGUCGACUGCAUCGUUUGCACUCUUUUCCUCUUCUCUCUCUUCGUCUUCUCUUCCUCUCUCGUCUUUUUCUCCGCUUUGGUUGUCCCUUCCACUUCCUUCGUCUUUUCUCCUUGUUUCGUCACCUCUGCUCUGAUCUUCUGUGCGCCUGACCUUGGUUCCGGUCGCUCUCUCCUCUUGCUCCUUUUGUCAUCUCACUAGGAGGACAUCCCCGACUGGCGUCUUUCCCCACCUUCUCCUGACGGAUCUUUCGACUUUCUUUUCGUCCUCCUGUCUUCUGUCUCCACUUCCGUUGUGUCUUCUCUCUCGUCUCUUUUCUUCUGUCUCGUCUCUCUUUUCUUCUCUCUUUUCUUGCUUCUUCUCGCUUCUUCUCGCGUCUGAGACAUGGAGCCCUUCAAUCACCGCGGAGACGCUGCGUUCCGCCGUUGUCCCUCCGCCGGGCAACUGAACGCUGCCCUCCCGCCUUCAGUCCCCGCCUUUAUGCCUGCCGUCGUUUCUCUUUCGGGACUUCCACCCGAUCUGCCUCUUGGCUUCCAGCCGCCUCCUCUCGCUCUAUCGCAGGCAGGCUCCGUCACCCAGUACGUAGGCGUCGCCGCGGCCUUCCCCGCAGUUCCUCCAGCCACGCAUUCCAACGCGCACCCGUUGUUCCAUCCCCUUCAAAACCCUUCCUUGUCGACCGCUUCUUCUCCCCAUGCUCUUCAUGUGUCAUCUCAUGCUUCUCCUCCCGCUGUUUGUCUUUCUUCGCAUGCCUCCUCGCGGCCUGCAUUGCCUCCUGGGAGCGCCUUUCCGGUGCCUACGAAUUUCCUCGGAGACAGCGGAGCUGCGUGCCGCUCGCGCUGGGCGGCCCACGAAGCGCGAGAGGAACGAAACAGAGAAGGAAGACGAAGAGAAGCCGAGCGAAGAGAAGCCGAGCGAAGAGAAGGAAGGAAAGAGGAAGGCAGAGACAUUCGAGGAUCUGCUUCUUCGAAUCUGCCUCUGCUUUCGCUGCAGCCGCCCUCUCACCGCGGUGCCGCUGCGAACUCUCCGCUCCUUCCCUCUCCUCCGAGGCUGUGUCCUUCGCGCAUCGCGGGUGUACAUACAGCUGGGCGAUCCCUCGUCUCGUCCUCGCGCCUCCUCUGCCGCGCGCCUCAAGACUCUCUCUGGCAUCCCAUGACGCGGCUGCCACCUGAUUCCUUACCCUGUUCUUAUUUAUCUUCUUCUUCUCCUUCUCUUACGUCUUCUUCUCCUUCUCUUACGUCUCCUUCUCCUUCUCUUACGUCUCCUUCUCCUUCGGCGUUGCCGGCUUAUCGGGCCCCAGGGUUCUUGCCUAGGCCUGCGAAGUUCGGCGGAGUUUCGUCUGCUCGCUCUUUUGUGGGUGAGUUGAAUUCUGCGUUUUGUGCUGAGCGUUCGCCGUGUGUCUCUGCAUGCGAGACAUUCCAGACUUUCGCCUGUGGCGCCUCUGGCAGUCGUCGCCGUUCGCACUUCUCGUUUUCUCCUUUCUCUGCUGACGAUACACCCGGCAGCGAAGCGCCCGCAGGCCCUGCUGGAAAUCACUCUCCGCGACGCUCGACCUCUCUCCAGAGUCUUUCUUCUCUCUCUUCCUCUCCGUCCGAAAGCGAGGUCGAGGAAGACCUGGCUGGCGAGGAGCCUCGGACGCGGGUCGGGUGUCCAGACAUCCGAGUUGAUCCUCCAGCCUGCGACUCCGCCUUCGUUGCUUUCUCGGCGCCCGCGUCGGCAUCCGCGCCCUUGCCCUUCUUUUCUCCGCCUGUCGCCGCCUGUUGUUUGCCUUCUCGAGCUCCGGGUGUGCCGCCGGAACUUCUCUCUGCCUCGCUCCUCCGGUCCCGCGCCGGUCGUGCCUGCUCGUCUGCUUCUCUGUCUCCGCAGGACAGCGCGCAGGGCUGGCUGCAUGCAGCUUCCCCUCCGAGAGAAGACUGUCUGAGGCGUUGCCUGUCUCCCCGGUUGUGUGCAGCCGACGUCGUCGUCGUCUCCGACGGCGAGGAGUGUUCGGACUCUGAGAGGGGUCGAGGAAAGGACGGAGACGGAGGACGGCUGCAGGAGACCCAAGACGGAGAAGGAGAUGCCGCCUGUCUCUCGCCUUCUCCAGUGUCUCUGUCUCGGCGCCGCCUCCACGAUGAGUCCUCAUUGAACGGAACGGAGGAAGAGGCUUGCGCUUCGUUCGAUGCUGGGAAAAGCCACUCCGACGACGCGAAAGCUGGGGAAGAUACGCCGCCUUUGCCGUCGCAUGGAAGCUCUGCUUCGGCCUUCUCGGUGUCUGGACACUCGACCGAAGAAGGCAGUCGCCCACACGGUCCCAGUCGAAGCCGGCGGUCGAGUCGACGAACAUCAGCCAACACCCCAGUCUCAAUAAUGGCUUCCUCUUCUUCCUCUUCGUCUCCGUCUUUGUCUUCUGCAUCGUUUUCUUCCUCUGCUGCCUCUUCUUCGGUGUUCCCUUCGACUGCGUCUGCGUUGCCUCGUGCAGAGUUUCUUUCCGAGUCGUCUCUGCUCGCUUCGGCGGGUGUCGCAACUCCGCAUUGCGCGUCGGCCUUGACGCCUGGCCACCCGCGUCUGAGAUCGUGGCUUUCGUUCCGUCAGCUGCGUGUGGGUCGCCCCGCAGAGAAGAAGAGACAGUUCUUGCUUCGAGGAAAGAAGCAGCUGAAAGUCGCCGUGAUUGGAGCUGGCAUGGCAGGGAUCAGCGCCGCUCGCGAACUUCGAGACGCUGGCGUCAAGUCCGUCGUCGUCUACGAAGCCCGCAGCCGCGUGGGCGGUCGCUGCUGCAGUGCGGAAGUCACGCUGCACCCGCGGCCGGAGUUGGCGAGCGCGUCGGCGCAGGCGAAAGCCUCGAGAGAGAAUCCAGGACUCGACAUUGGAGACCGAGAGGAAAGCGCGGAGGCAGCGCAAGCGGCGAAGGCCCCGAAAGAAGUGAAGGGAGAGGAACAAUGGCCUCUCAGAGCCUGCGAACCACGGGGCGUUCUGGGGGAGUGCUGUGAUGCAAGCGCGAAACGCAGCGCGAUUGAAGGCAUCUGCUCUUCUCGCGCGUUUUCUGCCUCUUCUUUGCCUUCCUCUUCUUCCUCUUCCUCUUCUGCCUGGUCGUCGACCUCUGCGGUUUCCUCUGUUCCGUCUGCGUCUGCGUCUUUGUCUGCGUCUGCGUCGGGAGCGCUUGUGGUCCCGGGCAUCGACCUGGGGGCCUCGUGGAUCCACGGAAUCGACGACAACCCGGUGUAUGCGAUUUGCCUGGCGCACCGGCUCCACCCGUUCGGCGCGGCGAAAGGCGUCGAGGUGGUGGACGACUCGGCAACUGUGGGGAGUUCGAAACGGAAGCAAAAGGCCUCGCAGAAGGCAGUGGAGAUUCUGACGGAUGCGGAGGAAGUUCUCUUCGACGAGGCGACAGGUGCUCGCGUCGACGCGGAGGUUGACGCCUGGGCGUACGAAGCCCACCAGAGCCACCAGCGGGAGGCCGACAGUUCUGCGAGGAGAGACGAGGGCAACCGAGGGUGGCGACAGUGGCCUGCGGGGCCGACAGGAGCGCAGACCGAGCUGAAGACGCUUCUGCACCAGUCGCUGGGUGGAGUGCUGAACGCGAAGAUGCGCGAGGCGAUUCGCGCGAGGAGAAAGCGACUUGCGCAGCCUCGGGAAGAGACGAGGAACGCGAGAAAGCCUCGGGCGGCACCCUGCACCGAAGACCAGGAGCCAGCGGAGAGGUCGCGGACGGCAGAGGAGACGGAGAGAGAAGGUGAAGAAGAGACGGAUGUGGAGCCUGGAAAGGAAGGGGACAGCGUCGAGGGAAGACUCCUCAUGUGGCAUCUCAACAACUUGGAAUACUCGGCAGGUGCCGACGUGGACGACCUUUCGUUGAUCUGCUGGGACCAGGACGAUCUGACAGCCUUCCAAGGACAACAUGUCCUCAUCUGGGAGGGGUAUAAGUCGGCUGUGGAGGCGCUCACAAGCGAUUUGGACAUCCGCCUUCGACACGAGGUCUCGAGCAUUUCUUAUUCAGACUCGGGCGUCACUCUGCGCUUCGCAGACGGCACUGUUUCUCCUCGUUUUGACUUUUGCAUUGUCACCCUGCCUCUUGGCGUAUUGAAAGCGUCAGUGACUGCUGACGAACAACGCGCGACGGGAGAGGACGCUGCUCGUUUUAGAUCCGAGGUGCAUGCGAAAGAACUUCUCCCUUCUCAAACGCUGCCUGCUCGCUCUCUGUCAACCGUCAGGGGGGACAACCAAGUUUCUCCUCUCAUAGGGGAAGAGGAGGAGAAAGCACCUGACACGCAAGCAGAGAACGGGGACGCCGAGAGAGUGGAGAGAAGCAGCGAAGGUCUCCACUGGCAAGAGGAAGCCUGGAGAGUUCCGCACAGCGGCGUCACCGCAGACGCGUUCCGAGAAGAAGGCAGGAACGCCGGUACUGAAAGGAAAGCAGACUCCAGGAAAGAAGGGCAAGUAGAUAAAAUCACAGAAAAAGAGGCGUCCCGAAUGGAAGGAAACGCGGGUGAAGAGCUGGGGAUCGAACUCGAAUGUAAAGGCCUGGUGGACGUAUGUGGCACCGACGAAACGAGAGGAAUCCAGGGAGAGGUGAGAGGUGGAGAACGAGGUUUGAGGAGAUUUGUCUGCAUCGAGAAUGGAGACCCAUGCGUCGGUGAUUCCGUUGUCAAAAACAUAGAGAAAUCUCUGCUGCCGCGUCACUCUUCCCUUCACUCCUCUGAAUCUAACGGAGAUCACCUUCUCUCUUCGGCCGCCUCCAGUCGACAUAACGCAGCCGCCCCAACCUCAGGUGGGGCAGAACCUCCCGGCGGAGACAGCGGCAGUGGGCCUCUCCCUGUCUCUCUAACAUCUUCUUGUUCUUCUUCUCGUGUGUCUUCUUCUCUUUCGUCUUCUCGUCUUUCUUCUUUCUCUUCUUCGUUUCCUCUCUCCAAUGGGAACUGUGCAGACGGCGAAGCAAAUCCAGGGGGAGGCUAUGAGCCCCGCGAUGCAGAAAAGGAGGACGAGAGAGGCACCGGUGGCGACUGGUGUAGGCCUCAAGACGGCGACUCCUCGCUUCAUUCUUCCUCCUCUUUCGUCGCUCCUUCGUCUCUUACUGCUCCUUCUUCCUCUGCUUCAGUGCGUCUGGCUGAAGCUAGAGGCGCCGAUUCGAGUACUUCCGCCUUCUUGAAGAGCGAGGUGUGUGAGGAGGCGUCGGCACCUGUGAAGGCGAGGGCGGCCAGGUCUGAUCUUGAUGUAGACGCCGAAAUAGCUGACGCGCUUCACGACGUUCCCGUGGACUUUACGUUUCCACCGGAUCUUCUUCCGUUCCUAAUUCCUUCGCAGAAGCGCCGAGGGAACGGCCGGAGAAUCUGCAAAAAGCAGGCGCUCGCGCGCCUGCGGGCUGCAGACGGCUGGGCAAAGAAAUCUCGCGAGGCGACGCCAGAGGCAAUAAGCAGCUCGGGUGUACGUACACCUCGGCCGCCAGGAGGCGACACACCGAAAGACGCGCAGCAGGGAGUGGAGGGAGUGAAGGGAGAAGGCGAGGAGCGAGACGCAGCGAGGACGGAAGAGGGCGGCGUCGACGCUUCGUCUUCUGCCUCUUCGUGGUUCGCCUUGUCCAAGGAAAGAUGCGAGAGUCGGCGAGGACUCGUCGCCUUCGACCCGCCGCUUCCAGAGUGGAAACGCGAAGCCGUCAAACUCCUGGGCAUGGGCAACAUGAACAAAGUGGCUUUGGUCUUCGAGUCGCCCUUCUGGCUUCACGAAGACGACGACGGAGACGGAGACGAGGGGGAAGCGGAGGACGGAGACAAGGGAGAAGCGGAAGAGACCCGAGGGCCGGAGACGCUGGAAAGUGUCGGGAACGGGGAGGACGAGCGAGAAGAGCGACGAACGGAGGACAGCCAGGUCGCGAGGCCGAGAGGAGAGGAGGGAGACGCGAGUGACCGCCGAGACGGGUCAGGCGGCGAGGGAGAUCGAAAGAGAGAAGAAGAAAGCGGGAAGGGAGGACUCACAGAUGCCGAUGGAGAGACUCGCAAAAACGGAAACUGCAGAGGCGUGGAAGAGACAGAGAUGAGAGAGUCGACCUCCGAUGAACGGAUGGACGCAAACAGCAAAGGCGAUGAACAGAGAGAACGUGAAGGGGAAAUAGGAGGAAAUGAAGAUGAAAUGGGAGGGCGUGAAGGCGAUGUGAGAAAGACUGGAGACACAAAGGGAGAGAGAGACACCCGUGGCAAUUUCGAUGAGUCACUGACGCCUUGUGGUUCUCGUUCGCUGCCUUCGGACAAUGGGCCGCUUUCUUCGUCUCUCUCGGCCUCGCGAGUGUCUCCGCCAGAGAUUCCUUAUCCAGUUGCUUCUGAAUGCAUUUGUGACGACUCCGAUUCGCGUCCGGGCUCCGUUGCGCCUCUCUGCUCGCUCGAGUGUCCUUCGACUUCUUCCUUGCUUUUCCCCGCUUCGUCUACCUCUUCUGAACCCAGUCUUGCUUCUCGCCCCACACCUCCGUUCUCGUCUGCUUCUCCUGCGUCCUCCUCCGUUUCCUCUUCUCUCUCGAAUUCCUCGUCUUCGUGCUCUUCCUCCACUGUCCCUACUUCCUCCUCGUCUCCUCUGUCUUCUGCCGCUCUUGCGCCUGCUUUCGCUCCCUCGUCGGCUCCUCUCUUGUCUCCUCUGUCCGCGUCGGUUUUUUCCUCGGUCUCCUCCUCGGUUCCCGCGUCUGCGUCUGCGGCUUCUUCACCGUGGCUUUCUUCUCAGACUCGCAGUGCCUUGCGGCGAUGCGAGAAUCCUACCGGCGCCAAAGGCGGUCGUGGCGGCGAGAAGGGCGGCGGCCGAAGCGGGAGACGGCGCCGCGAGAAGACGAAAGGAAGCGAAGCUCCAGAGAGACCCAGACAAGCCAGAGAGUGGCGAGACGAAACGGAGGAACGCGAAGAUGAGCCAGAAGUGAAUGCGAAGGAGAGACGGUCCUUGAGGCCGCGACGCGAGCGGCGAGAACAGGAAAAGUUCUCCGAUUCUGAAGGCCGAGAAACAAAGAGGCGAAGGACGCGAAAAAACAGGGUCAAGACGGUCCCGCGACAGCGUGGAUGGGCCUCCAGGGAAAAAGGACGAUAUGCGCAGCUCGUCUACCUGCACCCGAAGCCGAUCAUUUUGGUUUUGGUCCCGGGAACCUUUUCAUUUCUGUCUGAGAAGAGACCCAAGGCGGAGCUCGUCUGUGAGGCCUUGCGCGUCGUGGCGGAGAUCCAUGAGGGACGGAUCGAGGCGCCGAUCAAGGCCUUUGUUUCUCGCUGGGGCAAAGACCCGUUCGCCAGAGGCAGCUACUCCUACCUGCCGCCAGGCACCACAGGAAGAGAUUAUGAUCUCCUUUCGUACCCAGUUCACCAUCGACUGCUCUUUGCUGGCGAGCACACGAUUCGGCCGUAUCCAAGCACUGUGCAUGGCGCGUGUCUCAGCGGCAGACGAGAGGCCGCGCGGAUUCUCGACUGGACGGCGGGUCUGAUGGAGCAGCAUGCCUUCCUGAAGUGGUUUCAGCAUGCCGAAGAGGGGCUGUGGUUCUCCGUCGAUCUGAGCGAAAUGGAGGCGGCGCCGAGCUACUUCGAGGACUGCCUCGAAGGCCCAACUGCAGCGGAGCGUGAAGAAUGGUUUGCCGGCAGCAUUCGCUGCGCCUUCUGCGGAGAGGCCCAGACAUUUCAACGCCCAUUCAUCGGCUGUGUCUCCGUUCCUGUGUCUCACGCUCCUUCUGCUUCCUCCACUUCUCCUCCUUGCGAAUUUCUGGCUGAAGAGGAUGGAAAGACGUCUCGCGACUCGCUCUUGCAGCGCGGAACCGAGGCGCCUCUGUCGCAGGCUGGAGAAGCGAUAGAGAGGAUAAACCAGAAGCAGCGCCGUCUCCGUUUCGUGGUCCACGAGGACUGCUGUUACUACACACCGGGCGUCGUCAGCGACAGCGAAGGAAGUCGAUGGUUCAACGUAGGUCGGGCGAUUUUGGCAGCCUCGCUCAACGCAUGCGCCUGCUGCGGCCUGCCGGGUGCCAGCAUCCCUUGUGCUGCAGCUGAAUGCUCUCAGGCGCUUCACUUGCCUUGUGCCCAGCGCGAACUCCGCUGGCCGAGAUACGAGACGAAGUCGGCGGUGCGGCCGCUGUUCUGUCCGUCGCACCAGCGCCUGCUGUCUCUGCCGUGCGAGGGCCUUUCAGCUUCUCCACGCGCCCUCAAAGAAGCCGCCGGGGAAGCAGAGACAGGGGACGACGCGAGAGCGCGGCGCGAGGAAGAAGAGAAGAAGGCCGAGAGAAGAAACGUCGGGAUGGCAGUAACGGCCGCAAGCGCUUCUGCAUGCAUUGCGGCUUCUCUGUCGCUCGCGGCAGGUUUGAGAUCUGCGUGCGAUUUGUCAAGCUCAGCCCUGGCGAGGAAAGAGAACUCGCGAGUUCUGAGGAGACGCGAAGGCCCGGAAAAAGAUGGUGGAGAGAUGAGAGAGAAGACGGGAGAGACCGAGGAGAAGACGCGCAUGAAAACAGAGGCGCAUCCGGUCAUCAUUUCAGACGACGGCGAAGAAAGCGAGGAGUCUGUUCGGCGUAUUCUGCGAACUCCGGGAGAUCAGAACAGAUCCAGACUCCCUCCGUUUCUUGCUGCCUCUCUCUCUUCUCUUCGUCCUUUUCUCUCGAAUCUGUCCCACUCCGGAAGACACAAACCUUCUCUUCAUGCUCCGUUUUCUUCUCAAGGUUCUCAUGCUUCGUUUCCUGCUCUUUCUUCUCUUCCGGCUCUCUCUUCUCUCUCUUCGUUCUCCUCUCACUCUUCUCUCCCUUUCCAGUCUUCUUGGCCUUCCGGAGGUUCGUCCAGUCCGAGUUUCGGACGCGCAUGUACUCCUGGGAGACCGGUUUUUCCGGUGUCUGCGUUGACAGCCACGGUUGCUUCUCAGAGAGGGAGGAUUCUUUGUGAAGACAUAAAGCCUCGCGAGCGGGGGCGGGCGCGCAUGCAGUCUGGUGCGAGAGAGGAGAAGAAUUUGACCUCCGAACUUCGCUGUCUCCUCAGGCGACUGGAGCGCGCGGUGGAGUGCCUCCAAGGACCCAGCGAAACCAAGCGAGGACCCGCAGGAGAAAGAGACAGAAGCCUCACAGUCAUCGAUGUCGACGACUCGUCUGUUCACAAAAUAAGAGAUAGGAAAACGAUCAUCGAUCUAGAAGACGCUUAACAGCAAAGGACGUUGAGACGCCAUCCCCACGGACAACAGAAUCAGAACAACGUGGAUAGCCGAAAGAGAAGAAGAAGAGGGGAGAGGGAGAACAGGAGACGCGCACGAUGAAAUAGAGGGUAGGAGCGCAGAGAGAGAAGAGGAGGAAUGAAAGAAGGGAGGAAGGGGGUCUGCACGAUUCAGCUGUGUGUCUGUCAUUCUCCGGAUGCUGCGACGGAAGUGUAGGGAAUGGAGAGGAAUGUGGAGGCACAUUCGUUUUUAACAAGAGAGAAAGAUGAGAAUAGAGAGGUUCUUGCGUCUGAACGGGAAGGACGCCUUUCGCAGAAGCGCAAAACACCCGGCAAAAUGCCUCGCGAUGGCGUUCGAGAGGCGGCACACUUCAACGUUGUUUCCUGUAUCUCUGAAGACGAGCCGCAGGCAGUUGAAGAGAAGAAGCAGAGACUCCUCAUUUCGGAGACAGAAGCUCGAGGGGAAAGAAGCAAUCGAGUAUCCCCCCGAAUAUGAGGAAAGCCAUGUGAAUCGCGAAAGACGUUUCUCACUCUGAGACAGCCGGGUCUUCGGUCACCGGAUCGAAGUUCGAUUGUGGUAGCAUGUCGAGAGCUCUUUUUAUUUUUCUGAGUCCACUCAGUUCUCUGUAUCGCAUCUUCUACGGGCUGUCUCUCCCACACCAGACGCCGAAUUCCCUGCUCGCGAAAACUCCCCAAACCCUCUACAGCGAAGCCUGUCUGUACGAAAAAUCAAUAGCCUGCACACAGAGAUA